UUACGUAAUGCAUCUUUGUGCGGGUUUCCUGGCGACUUAUUGCGUUCAAGGCGCCUUUCCGGGGCAGCCUGUUGAAAAGCGCCACUCCCUUGCCGUGUCGCGCGGUGCACCCGAAGGCCGCUGCUGCUGCGAGGGUGCGUCGCGGCGGCAUUUCGCUGACUAAAAAUAGGCAGCAACAGUUCUUAUACACGGAACAAUAGAGCCACUGCUUUCCUUGGGUCGCCAUUGCAAAUGUCCUCCUUCAUCCACUUGUUGUUGUUGUUGCUGCUGCGGCUGCGGUUUUGUUUUUCCAUCGCUGUCGGGCAGGCGUGCCUUGACCUACGAGUGCCCAGACUUGCGAGCUUUUGGAAAUACGAGCGGUUGCUUGUUUAUGUCUCGAGAUAGGAGUAGAAGUCUGACUGCGCUUUAGACUUGGCCGCUAGAUGGCGCCAGCAAACGUCACAACAUCGGGCCACUUUCCCUGCAGUGGAAGGGAAUUAGCAGUGGGUGGCGCUAUUCAGCCUCAAGAUGCUUUGCCAAUCGAACCCAAAGAAGAAGGAGAGACAAAACGUGAGCUGCAGUUGUGUUUUGGGCUCACGUUCUCACAGGUUACGUGGAGAGCAAAUGUUUUGACGGAGUUUCGUGCCGAACAAUACUGUUGAGGGCAAUUUUCCUGAUGACCGAAAAAUCAAUGCUGAUGUUUUUCUCGGGGGGCUGCAACAACUUGCACGCGAUUGGAGAGUGUUUUGAGAUCGGAGUGUGGCUACGGAACGAUUUCAACUCGAAUCUUUUGGCACCGCCGUACGCCCAGAUAGGCUCGAAAUUCACAAAUCUGUUACUUUUACGAAUGAUAAACCAAUUCAAAGUGUCAAAAAUAGUAUUUGAACAAACCUUUUCCCUUUUUUCAACUGUCUUCGCUCACUCUGCGGGAGCCGUGUGGCGUUAUGUCGCCUCAAGAUUGAAAGUCUGGAGGUUUUUAAGAGGGCAACGAGUACAAAUAGGUUAGCGACAUUUGACGGAGCCCGUUUCGGUCAAAACGGAUCGCUGUCAUGCUUCUGUGCAGAAGCAACUGGUGAGCCGCAAAGGUAAGUGCGUGCACAUUUAUUUCCACCUCUUAAACAACUUAGUCAGCUCAUCAUUUUAUUUAUUGCAUUAUUCAUGGCUCCAAGAGCUUUUUUUGUUGUCUAACCCUAACCCCGACCUUACAUUCUCCUUGUAUCGCAAAAGGACACAAUGUCCAAAGUUUGAGAUCCUUUCACACUUCAAAAAAAGAGGAUAACAAACGUGUCUACUGCAAAGCAGAACUGGCUGACACGACUGCACGUCUGCUGUCAAGCAGACAGCGUUAGCUAAUUCAAUACAGCAGCCUGCCACCGCGAGGUAGGACAGAUUGCAAUUCCUCUGCAGGUGGUUUGGAUAGCCACAGCCGCCGCACACCUUCAAUCGCUUGACGGUAACGGAACGAACGCAGAGCGGCUAACGGUUAGCCACCCAACAGCCCAACGCUGCUCUCUAAUUCGCAGACUCCCACCUCACACGCCCGGAGAGGCCCCGCCUUUUCAAGCCACACGCAUUCAAAGUCACAGAUGCUACAGUGUCAAAUUGCGAGAAAGGCGAUCCCGAGUGGAUCCAAAUAAUACCUGCGCCUCACGUGCAUAUGUUGUAUUGGUAUUAUGCAUAAGGAUUUAAAAUAUCCAUAGAUAAUAAAAUGAAUAUAUGGUUGCUACUUCAUGAAUUUUGGUGAAGGAAUCCCCGGGAUAAACUGUUCUCCUCUUUCAUAGCUAGCGCCUUCUAGCUUUCAGACCGAAGCACGCGUUGCUGAAUUGUCUUGUGUUACAGGCUACAUUGAGGUGAAAUGUCGGAAAAACAGGAAAAACAAAAACAUGCAGCGGGAUGUUAAAAUGUUACGACUGACAACUGAUACUGCGAAAAGUCUUCCCCAGUAUUUCUUUGAAACUUCUACCAUCGUCAAGAAAAAUGUUUCUUUCUCAACAAUAUUUGCACACAAUUGCAAGGCGUUAUCAAUUAUCGGUACGCGGUAUUGGCGAGUACGCAAAAGCAAGUCCUUGUCCUCAUACCGUGUCUUCAAAACGUGAUUUUGGUGCAUGUUAUGAAACGGUUCCUGAUGAGAGAAACCCCCCCAAAAAAUAAAAAAUGUCGUCGUCCCCCCGCCCCCGGUGUGAUAUGAUGCCCGCUGAGCGUGCAGGCUGAGGUCACCGUCACGCAAAGCCGCAUUGCUGCUGCGGGAAACGUCCGGCGAGUCUUGCGCGCCAGCGUGUUUCCAAGUCGGGUCGCAGAAAACAACAACAACAACAACAACAACGAACUCAGCCGGCUUCUGGUGUUUUGCCUCUCCGCGUAUUGCGCUGGCCAGCGGCCUUCCCAACGCACGUCAAUUGCGCAAAAAAAAAAAAAGAAAUGCACACACACGUAUAUAUUUAUACAGACGUGCAGCGGGGCCUUGAGAUAAGAGCUUCAUUUGAGAUCCAAGUGUAAUUCGCUCCACGGCCGUGCUCGCAUCUCAAAACACUCGAUCGAUCCGUUUCGGCUGCCCCCUGAAAAAACAACCAAGAUUUUUGUCAUGUUUUCAUGAAAAAAUAGCAAUGUAAGAUUGGAUUUAUAAAAUCAUACAGAAGUCAAUUAAAAGAACAAAGAAUUGGUGUCAGUGGAUCAGUUAAACGGCGCUCCUUGUGGUCUGCUCGCCUCGACCACGUGGGGGCAGUAUACGACAGAAGGAUAUGGCGUUCGUUAUUCUGAAUUCCGCUUGUUGUUGCAGCAGGGCGUGCACGUCCCGCCACAGAACUGAAGUGGCAUUCCGAAUAACGUCUCUGUGCCUCUCUCAGCUCAUCAGUACGGCCCUAAUAUUAGUCGAUCGACGCAGAGGAUCAAGGAUAUAUGACCGUUUUGGCCGGAAAGUACACGGGGACAAUCAGGAGGAAGAAGGAGAAACUUCUGUUUUGGUGACGCUCCCCUCUUGACAGGGGUCACCUCCUCUCCGUCAGCUCCGUCACGCUCUCUCUUCCCGUAAGAACGCACACGCACACUGCGCUGGCGCUAACGCUCGCGGCCGUGCGCUUCUCCUCAGUCGCCGUCGCCGCCGCGGACGAUGAAGACGCCCGAGCAGCAGACGGGGGGGCCGCUCGGCUUCCUCAACUUCUUCGGCCGAAAGCCCAAAUCGGACGCGCGGCCCGAAAAGCCCGGCGAGGCCCGGCCCGUAGAGGAGGCGGCCGUCGCGCUCGCCCUCGGCCGACGCCCGCGGCGCGAUCGUCAGACGGCAGAAGCGUCUGCGCAGCGGAGACCUUCCGGGGCAGAAAGAGGGGACGGAGGCGCCGCGCCCGCGGCGGCCGGCCCACCCGCGCGCACGGGCGGCGCCGCCGACGUCCCGGCCCACCGAUUGGCGGACGAGCACCUGGAGGAGUGCCCGCUGUGCCUGCUGAGGCAGCCGCGAUGUCGUUUCCCGAGUCUGCUCACGUGCCCGCACCGGACCUGCGGCGACUGCCUGCGCCGGUACCUGCGCAUCGAGAUUUCCGAGAGCCGCGUGGGCAUCGCGUGCCCGCAGUGUCCCGAGGCCCUGGCGCCCCUGGACGUGCGCGCCAUCCUGGAUGACCCGGCGCUGCUGGAGAGGUUCGAGGAGUACCAGCUGCGGCGCUUCCUGGCCGCCGACCCGGACACGCGCUGGUGUCCCGCACCGGACUGCGGCUACGCGGUGAUCGCUUACGGCUGCGCCGAGUGCCCCAAGCUGAGGUGCGGUCGCGACGGCUGCGACACGGACUUCUGCUACCACUGCCGCCAGCUGUGGCACCCCAACCAGACCUGUGACCGGGCGCGGCGCCAGCGCGCGCGCCACGCGCUGGGCGGCAAGGACGCGCUCCACGUCUUCCCCGGAGAAGAUCCCGGAGGAGACGCAGAGGAGAUCAAGCCGUGCCCUCGGUGCGGCGCCCACAUCAUGAAGACCAACGACGGCAGCUGCAACCGCAUGAACUGCACCGUGUGCGCGUGCCAGUUCUGCUGGCUGUGCAUGCAGGAGAUCACCGACGUGCACUACCUCAGUCCCUCAGGAUGUACGUUCUGGGGCAAGAAACCGUGGUCGCAGAGCCGCAAAGUUCUGUGGCAGGUGGCCAUGUUGCUGGGCGCCCCCGUGGUCAUCUCGCUCGUCGCCGGCCUCGCCGUCCCCGUCGUCAUCGUGGGCAUACCCAUCUACGUGGGCCGCAAGGUCCACGGUCGCUGCAAGAAAAACAACAUCUCAGGAAGUAAGCACUACUUGACGGUGGCGAGCGGCGUGAUGAUGUCGGUGUUCGUGUCGCCCGUCAUAGCGGCCGUCGCCGUCGGUGUGGGCGUGCCGCUCAUGUUGACGUACGUGUACGGGGUGGUGCCCAUGUCGCUGUGCCGGAACGGUUGGUGUCGGCCGCCCGCCGACGCUCCCGACGCGCUGGAGGACCUGGCCAGCUAUCUUUUGUUCUCGCACGUGGUGAGCGACCACUGGCGGGCUCAGGGCGGCCCCGCGCCGGCCGACACCAGCGUGCAGGAGGUCGGCGUGCGGGAAGCGGGUACCCCCGUCCCCCUCGCCCUCGCCCUCGCCCUCCCCGGCACCAGCGCCAGCGCCGCACCCGGAUACGUGGCGGCGGACGGGCGGGCGGAGCGCGACGGCGCCUCCAGGGACGGAAGCAACGUGGAAGUGCGCGUGGAGAUCGAGAGGCGGCCGCGAGGCGCUCGCCCGCCCGGCCUCGGCGACGUCCCGUCCAGCCGCAGCUUGUCGGCCGAGUCGCUGGGACGCUCGGGGGGGGCCGACCCGGACCCGGGGGGCGCGGUCCCCGUCUUCCGGUCGGACGACGCUCGACCGCUGUCCCUCCCGCCGGAUGCCUUUCAGUGUGACCGAGACGUCGCUCGGUCGAUGGCGUGCGUGCGACUUUAAGGCAGGGGUGGGCAAAGUGUGGGCCACGGGCCACAUGCGCUCCGCUCUCUUCGUUAAUCUGGCCCACCGAGCCGGUGAAUUAUUAUCCUGCUAAGAAUUGGUCAUUCCUUAGAUUUUCUAUUCAUGUAUCUAAUUCAAUCAUUUAUUCAAUGAUUGAUUGCAAAUAAUACAAGACAAAUCAAAGUCAAAUCAACUAUUUGACACCUUUAACAUUGUUUUCUAAAGUCCCUGUAAAGUGAAAAUGAACGUCGACUGAAUUUGGCACAACAGAGAGAAGAAUGUUGGGAACAACACUGACAAAUUUGAAUCCAUUUUCCAUAUUCUGAGCCGCUUAGCCCCACAGGGGUCGCGGGCGCGCUGGAGCCCAUCCCGGCUAUCUUCGGGCAGGAGGCGGGGCACACCCUGAACCGGUCGCCGCCAGCCGAUCGCAGGCCACAUACAAACAAACGACCAUUCGCACUCGCGUUCACACCUACGGGCAAUUUAGAGUCCCCGAUUCAUGCAUGUUUUUGGGAUGUGGGAGGAAACCGGAGUGCCCGGAGAAAACCCAAGCAGGCACGGGAAGAACAUGCAAACUCCACACAGGCGGGGCCGGGGAUUGAACCCCGAUCCUCCAGAACUGUGAGGCAGACGCUCUAACCCGUCGCGCGCUGUGCCGCCACAAAUGUGAAAGAUUUGGAAAAAAAGAAUCAUCGAGUCAACAAAACGAGGCUUCAAAGUGGUGACAGAUCAGUUCGUUCGCUCCGCUCUCAAACGGUGCGGGCGUGUCCGCUGAGUGCGCUGAAACCGCGCCCCGCUCAACUGCCGGCUGUCAGUCAAAUAUCAUUUCCGCAACCUGGAAAAAUAGAUGCUACUUCGUCUGGCGUCUUUCUUCUGCUUACACAUAAGUACGCGUUUGAGCCGCAAAAAUAUAUUCACUCGAAGCCUCCGGUGGCCGGAAUAUAUCCUACCGGACCGGGUCGUUCUGACAACGAGGCGCUCUAAAGCGGGCAAAGUCAACGCAAAGCCGCACCCCGCGAGCUCGCUGUCGAGUCGGACUUUGUUUUGUUUUUUAAUUGUUUUCUUCCAUCCUCGCCGUUCUGUCGUUCAAUCCAUGAUGUGCACGCACUCGUGGCUGACAAUGAGGCACACUAAAGCAGCCACACGAGCAGACUAUCCAAAGGGAAGAUGCGUAUUCAGGGUGUAGAAACUGCAUGUUGCAAUUGCGUCCGAGAACCGCUGAGGCAAAUGAAGGCGCUCAAGUUCUUGUAUAGUGGAAGGGGAAGGGACUCGUGCUGGGGCACCAUUUUAGCCAUGGCCAAAAAAUUGGGAAAACUCAAAUGUUAAAAAAAAAACUGUUUAACACUGUACCUCCACUACCGAGUACGGUUCUGCGUAGUUCUCAGUCUUUGCACAUUUUGAGCAAUUAUCACGUCUAAAGUAUUGAGAAACAAAUCUCUGAAUUCACUUCACAGGGUCUUUAAAGAAUUGGUUAAGACAUUGCAAUGAAGUUGUAUUUUAAAUAGUACAAUUUAAAAAUGGGCAUGAAUCUCAUUUAUUAUUUUUGGGAUCGAUUUCUUUAGAAAUAACAAACUAAAAUAUGGCUCAAAUAAAUCCUUUUACACAUACGUGUAACAUUUAUUGUAACAGUUGGUUAACUAAAAAAAUACACCCAAACAAAUUGCAAUUGCUUUAUUAUUAAAAUUAAGUAUUUGAUUUGCUGUAUUACUUUAGCCGUCUUUUGUUGACCUAAAAUUUAGUUAAAAUAUGUUGGUCAUUUUUAUUUAUCUCAUUAAAUAAUUGUUUAAUUGAGUCAUUAUUUAUAUUAACUAAAAAAAUCAUUAAUAAUACAAUUUGAUGAUAGAAUUAUACACAUUAUUUUAUAAUUCCAAUGAAAUAUUUGACAUUUUUUUUCCCCACACACGUAAACUUUUUUUUCUUCAUCUAUCUAUCUAAAAAAAACAAAAAAAAAUGAAGCCUUGAGCCCGAAAGUUUGCCCCACCCUGUUUUAAGCGACCCGGGUGCGUCCGUGAGUUCAAAGGUCACAAUAACAUUUGAGCAUGUCAGCCUUUGCCGUCGGUCUUCUUCACUCAUUUAGCAGCCCUUUAACAAUAAAAGCGGCCACUCGCAAGCACGCGUAUUGGACUUGGAAGGAUUUAGGAUUUUGUAGCCUGCCUCGUGUAAUGCGGCCUAACUCGCAGGCGAAGGCGACUUUGCGAAUGGACCGCGGAUCUUAAGAAUGCUGCUCGACGCCGUAUGGGCAAAAGCGCCACAUGGACGUCAUUGUGAGAGAUGACCUGUCCUUCAGAAAUCUUGAGAGAAAACAUUUCAAAAUCAAAACAAAUACAAAUUCAUAAGGUUAUAUCCAGUGUCAGCGGUCGGCAUUUUUUCUCAAUGAAACUCCUCGGCUCAUUUCAACAUAGUUCUCUGGUACCAAGAGGGUGCCAAAGCAAUGCUUUGACCUGAGCAUAGAAACACAACUAGGGGUGAGUUUUUCAGCGAAUGACAGAGGCUGGAUUUUGAACAAUUCUGCAAAUAUACUUGGGAACAUGCUAUGUCAUCCAAAUCAGUCUUCCGCCUUAACACGCGCACGCACACUCGCCGAGUAUGCGCGGUCCACGCGUGACAGAGAUGGUCCGAAGAUCACGAGCCGCCAUUAUUGUAGCAGCGGCACGAGCGCCGAGCCGCCGCCCCGCUCGUAACGAGCGGAAUAAUCACAAUUAGCCUCAGAAAGAACACGGUGAGUGUUCAGCCGCUGCUUUGCUUGAUGAGUGUGACAAAAUGAUGACCGCGGUUAGUAAAUAUCACACAGUACGUUUGCGCAUCUGUUAACUUGAAUGAAUGUAUAAUUAUAGAAUAUACACUCCUGUAACUAUGCAAUAUAUUUCAUAUAUUAGGUUUGGCGCUACUGCCGAGCGGUCCGUAAUCGCCUCCGCCUCGACUGAAGAAAAUCGGCUCGUGUUCGUCUCGCUCGACUUUGGCUUCGCUCUUCUUCCGGCGGCGAGCGGUUUCCCGUUUGCGCCGAACAUCGUUUUAGAACGAAGGCCCCAAAAGGGUCACGCUCGGUUACAUCGGAGCGUAACGCGUUUUCCCACACGAUUUCGAGUGUGUUUCUUUUCUCCGUAAGACGAGGCCUCCAUCUCGCCGCGCAGACGGACGAAGGAGACGGCAGAUUGUCGGCACGUGUACUAAACAGAAAUUCCUGCGGCGCUCGGUGGAAAAAGUUUUGAAAUGAUUGAUCUUGCUCAUUUUUUUCGGAUGGCUCGAACCUGACAUUUGAACGGGGGUGUGUAGACUUUGUAUAUCAACUCUAUGUCAAACUAUAAUUGUAAACUAUAUCUCAACAUGCAACUGCAAUGUACGAAAUAUUAUACACACACAUAAAUCUGUAUAAAAAUACAAUUAUAACAAAUGCAAUAUACUUUAUGAUCAAAUACAAACCUGUACCUAAAAAUGUGGCCGAUGAGUGCGACAAACCAAUUAGAAAAAUCCACGUAUUGCCUAUGAAAUACAGGAAAGCUUUUCAACACGUUUUAUUUGUUUUUCAUUUUAAUAAACUCCUUUAAAAAAACAAUGAAAUAACCUCCUGUAUGAAGUCCACAAAUAGAAACCCCGCGUUCAAUGAGCGGCAAUGACUGACUGUAAACGCUAGAGGACGCCAACAUGCAGAAAAUCACAAACAUUUCACUGACCUUGGUAGCUUCUAUUCAGUCCUGUAUUUAUUUGAGAUGUUAAAAAAAAGUCAUAGCAUGUAAAUAAUAAAAACUGUAAAAGUAUUGUUAUAAAUCAAUGUAUAUUAAUGUUGUCUUUUACUUUAACGUGUCAAUACAUGUAAGCAUUAUAUGUAUGGUGCGCCAAGAAAAGCAAAGCGUACGUUUUGGCGGCGCCGGGGCGCCCGCCCGCCCAGUCGAGCUGGACGGACACGCCCACGCCACCGGAAGCACGCCGGCAGCGGGUGGCGGCGCUCGGCGUCACUUGCUAGCCAGCAGCACCGGGGAGCGGGACACCGCGACACCUCGACAGCGACAGCGACAGCGACGAGGCGAGCGGGCGG